GUCGAAGAGAAACAUGAAACAUUGCAAGCAUAUUUCCGGAAACUACGGUUAAUCAAAUCGGUUUCAACUGGUGGAACACCUGCUGUUACUUCUUCUUCAGUUGUUACAUCAUCAACUUUGAUGGAAACUGGUGCUUUACAAAUACCUCAAAAGACAACUAGAAAACAAUCAAUAUCAAGCAGAGUGUUGUCAACAUCUGCAUCAAGUAAAGCAUCAUUAAACCUUUUAUCAAAGCCUGCAAGUUCUCAUCGCCAACGUAACAAUAAUGGUCAAAAGGAUUUGGUAUUAUCUCAUAAACGGCAGGAAAGUGCUGGAUCAAUUUCAUAUGAUUCUGAUAGUCCUUUACCUUCACGUAGUGGGAAAAAAUUGAUUUCAUUAUUUACUGCUAUUUUACGUGGAGUAAACGGUCGUGGUAGCAACCCACCGAGUAAAGAGUCUAACAAUUCUAAUUCUAAUUCUACAUCAGUCAAUGGUGACAAAUUGGGAGCUAAGACCAGAGUUCCAAGUAUUCAAGAUUUUGAAAUAAUAAAACCUAUUAGUCGAGGGGCUUUUGGUAAAGUUUAUCUUGCAAGAAAAAAGACAACUGGCGACCUUUAUGCGAUAAAAAUUUUAAAAAAAGUAGAUAUGGUUCGCAAGAAUAUGGUAAUGGAAUAUCUAAUUGGUGGUGAUUUAUCAUCUCUUCUUCAAUGUUUUGAACGUUUUGAAGAAGAUAUGGCGCGUAUGUAUACAGCAGAAGUGGUAUUGGCGCUCGAAUACCUUCACAAAAAUGGCAUAACUCAUCGAGACUUGAAACCUGACAAUAUGCUUAUCACCUCCGAAGGUCAUAUAAAACUUACUGAUUUUGGUUUGUCCAGGAUAUCAAUUCCUGAAAAAAGUAGUAUUACUUUCGUUAAAGAAGGUGAAUCAAAUAAUAGACCUGAUAAAAAGUCAAAAAGUAUGAGAGCUGGUAGUGUGGAUUUUCGUACCAACUCUAAUGGUCAUCGUCCGGUUUCUUCCAUCUUUCCCAAUGAAAGUCCAAGAACUUCCGUUCAUAUUAAUUUUCAUAGUGUAGAACCACAACCAUCAUCUAAUACUUCUACUCAAUCAUCAUCAUCAAAAUUAACAAGAAAGCAGACUAAACAAAGUUCCAAAGCUCUUUUAGGUACUCCUGAUUAUCUUGCACCAGAAUUACUUCUUGGUAUUGGGCACACAACAGCAGUAGAUUGGUGGUCUCUUGGUAUAUGCCUUUUUGAAUUCUUGGUUGGUUAUCCUCCCUUUAAUGAUGAUACACCACAAGCAAUCUUUAGAAACAUUUUAGAUAAUGAUAUUCAAUGGCCACCUGAAGAAUUUUUGUCCAUAGAAGCCAAAGAUUUCAUUUCAAAAUUAUUAAAUAAAACACCUGAAAAACGACCUAGCGUAGAUGAAAUCAAAGCUCAUCCUUUUUUUAACGGAAUUGAUUGGGAACAUAUUCGUCAACAACAAGCACCUUUCGUUCCUAAUCCUGAAGAUGAACAAGAUACAAGUUAUUUUGCGGCACGUAAUAAUCGUGCAGAUAUUCGCCGUCUUUCAGCAGGAAAUCUUGAUGAAAUUGCAUCCGGAAGAAUAUCAUCUGAAAAUCGUAAAUCUGUUGCUUUUGAUGAUGAUAUUGAAAUUAAUUCACAGGCACCUAAUAACCAAGCACCUAAUAAUAAUGCUCCAUCACCUCUCGUAUUACAAACAAUUACGGCAGAACCUAUAGAAUGUAGUUCCUUGAAUUCACCAGUUUCGACACCUACAUCACGUAAUAAACCUGAUUUAACAAUCAAUACUCAUACACGCGAUAAACGACAAUCACUUUUAAAGAAAAAAUCGACAUCAUCUCUUAAACCAUCACCAGUUGAAGAGACACCUGGUAGAACGAUUCAAAAACGUAAACCAUCUUUAUUAAAAUUACCCACAGGAAAAUCGAGAAAAUCUUCUAUAAGUGGUGCUAGUGACUGUGGCACACCAUUAUCAGCGUCCAGUACAUCUAGUACAUCAACGAACCAAUUACCUUCAUCUACACCGGCAUCAUCAUUAUUAAAUCCAUCAAGACUUUCAUCACUUGUUGGAUCGCAAGAACUAUAUGGAUUAGACCAACAAACUAAUAUUCAUGAUGAUGAAAUAUUAAAUGUUGAAAAUCAACAAACUAGUGAUGAUUCGGGAUUUGAUGGUUUUCUUUAUAAGGGUGUUUCAUUUUUAGGUGACUUGACCAGAGAUGUAUUAUCAUCUGGAAAUGGUGGUGGAAAUGGAAAUUGUUUAGCGAGAAAACCAUCUAUUGUUGAUCUUAAAAAUUAA